CAGCACAAAACCAGCAUGAAAAACAAGUUUGGCUGCUUAUUUGAGGGAAACAAACUACAAGAGAAUGAAACCCUCUUGAACAGGAUCUUCACACAGCUCUACAUCAUAGAAGGAGAGAGAGAAGGAAUGAAUGAAGAACAUGAGGUUUUACAGAUGGAAAAAUCAUCCAGAACACAACACUCACAACACAAUCCAAUAGAUUGUAAUGACAUCUUCAAAGCCUUAUCUAAACCAGGAUAUGAGGAGAAAUACAAAAUCAAGACUGUUUUUACUAAAGGUAUCGCUGGAAUUGGAAAAACCGUCUCUGUGCAGAAGUUCAUUCUGGACUGGACCGAGGGAAAAGCCAAUCAGGAUGUAGAUUUCAUGUUUGUGUUUCCAUUUCGAGAGCUGAACUUGAUUCAAGAUCAUCAGUACAGUCUUCACAGACUUCUGCUGGACUUCCACCCUGAACUUCAAGAUCUGGACUCAAAGAUUUAUGAGGAAAGUAAAGGUGUUUUCAUCCUUGAUGGUCUGGAUGAAAGCAGAAGGACACUGGUGUUUGCAGACACUGAGAAAAUUUGUGAUGUGAAUGAGUCUUCAUCAGUGGGUGUGUUGAUGUCAAACCUCAUCAGAGGAGAUCUGUUUCACUCUGCUCUCAUCUGGAUCACCUCCAGACCAGCAGCAGCCAAUCAGAUCCCCUCCAAAUACAUCAACCGUGUGACAGAAAUUCAGGGAUUUGAUGAGCAUCAGAAGAAGGAAUAUUUCAGGAAGAGAAUCAGUGACAAGCAAAAAUCCAGCAGAAUCAUCUCCCACAUCAGAAGAGCAAGAAGCCUCCACAUCAUGUGCCACAUCCCCGUCUUCUGCUGGAUCUCAUCCACUGUGCUUCAAAAUCUCCUCAAAGAAGAUCUGAGUGCAGAAAUCCCUCAAACUCUGACUGAACUGUACAUCCACUUUCUGCUGAUUCAGAUCGAAAUGAGAAACCAGAAGUAUGAAGAGAGAGAUCCAGAGAAAUUCCUGAAGUCCAACAGAGAAGUAAUUGUGAAGCUUGCUGAAGUGGCUUUCAAGCAGCUGAUGAAGGGCAAUGUGAUGUUCUAUGAGGAGGACCUGAGAGAGAGCGGCUUAGACGUCACUAACACCUCAGUGUUUUCUGGGAUUUGUACUGAGAUCUUUAAAGAGGAAUCUGUGAUUCAUCAGAGGAAAGUCUACAGCUUUAUUCAUCUGAGCGUUCAAGAGUUUCUCGCUGCUUUCUAUGUAUUUUACUGUUAUUUAAGCAGCACCAUGGAAGCCCUUAAGACUUUUGAUUCAAUGCACAAUUUGCAUAAAGGUGCAGUAGAUAAAGCCUUAGAAAGUAAAAAUGGACACCUGGAUCUGUUCCUGCGGUUCCUGCUGGGCAUCUCACUGGAGUCUAAUCAGAGACUCUUACAGGAUCUACUGACAAACACAGAGAACAGCUCAGAGAGCAUCAGGAGAACCACACAAUACAUUAAAGAGAAGAUCAAAGAUGGACAAGGAUUCUCCACUGAACGAUCCAUCAGUCUGUUCCUCUGUCUCCUCGAAGUACAAGAUCAGACUCUGUCCAGAGAGAUUCAGGAGUUUGUGAAAUCAGACAAACACACAGAGAUGAAACUCUCUCCGUCUCACUGUUCAACAAUUGCCUACAUGCUUCAGAUAUCAGAGGAGGUGCUGGAUGAGCUGGAUCUCAAGAAAUACAACACAUCAGAUGAGGGCAGAAGAAGACUUAUACCAGCUGUGAUCAACUGCAGAAAAGCUCUUCUUGCUGGCUGUAAUCUCACUGCUCAGCACUGUGAAAUUGUGUCAUCAGCUUUACAAUCCUCAAACUUUGCCCUGAGAGAGCUGGACCUGAGUAACAACGACCUGCAGGAUUCAGGAGUGAAGCUACUCUCUGAUGGACUGAAGAGUUCAAACUGUCAGCUAGUGAUACUGAGGUUGUCUGGCUGUAUGGUGACAGAGGAAGGCUGUCAGUAUUUGUCUUCAGCUCUAAGUUCAAACCCCUCACACCUGAGAGAGCUGGAUCUGAGCUACAAUCACCCAGGACAAGCAGGAGUCCAGCUGCUUUCUGACAAACUGAAGGAUUCAAACUGCUCACUAAAGAUACUCAAUUUGGACCAUGCAGAGCCUUUCAGGAUCCAACCAGGACUUCGAAAAUAUUUCUGUGAUCUCACACUGGAUCCAAACACAGCAAACACUCAACUCAUUCUGUCUGAGAACGGAGAGGUGAAAUAUGUGGAUCAGCAGCAGCCGUAUCCUGAUCAUCCAGAGAGAUUUAAAGAUAUUCCUCAGGUUCUGUGUCGAGAGAGUCUGACUGGACGCCAUUACUGGGAGGUUGAGCGGACUGGCUGGGCUCGUAUAGCAGUGUCCUACAAAACAAUCAGCAGGAAAGAAGCGACUGUUGGUAAGUUUGGAUACAAUAACAAGUCCUGGUGUCUUUUCUGCACUAUUGAUGGAUUUGUUGUCUGGCACAACAAUCUGAACAGCAACAUUCCUGCUCCUUUCCCCUCCUCUAAAAGAGUAGGAGUGUAUCUGGACUGGCCGGCCGGCACUCUGUCCUUCUACAGCAUCUCUGACACACACACACUCACACACUUACACACAUUCAACACCACAUUCACUGAACCCCUCUAUGCUGGGUUUAAGGUGUUUGAUUCCUCACUGUCACUUAUCAACAUGAGGAACCAGAAGUAUGAAGAGAGAGAUCCAGAGAAACUCCUGAAGACCAACAGAGAAGUGAUUGUGAAACUUGCUGAAGUGGCUUUUAAGCAGCUGAUGAAGGGCAAUGUGAUGCUCUAUGAGGAGGACCUGAGAGAGAGCGGCUUAGACGUCACUAACACCUCAGUGUUUUCUGGGAUUUGUACUGAGAUCUUUAAAGAGGAAUCUGUGAUUCAUCAGAGGAAAGUCUACAGCUUUAUUCAUCUGAGCGUUCAAGAGUUUCUCGCUGCUUUCUAUGUAUUUUACUGUUAUUUAAGCAGCACCAUGGAAGCCCUUAAGACUUUUGAUUCAAUGCACAAUUUGCAUAAAGGUGCAGUAGAUAAAGCCUUAGAAAGUAAAAAUGGACACCUGGAUCUGUUCCUGCGGUUCCUGCUGGGCAUCUCACUGGAGUCUAAUCAGAGACUCUUACAGGAUCUACUGACAAACACAGAGAACAGCUCAGAGAGCAUCAGGAGAACCACACAAUACAUUAAAGAGAAGAUCAAAGAUGGACAAGGACUCUCCACUGAACGAUCCAUCAGUCUGUUCCUCUGUCUCCUCGAAGUACAAGAUCAGACUCUGUCCAGAGAGAUUCAGGAGUUUGUGAAAUCAGACAAACACACAGAGAUGAAACUCUCUCCGUCUCACUGUUCAACAAUUGCCUACAUGCUUCAGAUAUCAGAGGAGGUGCUGGAUGAGCUGGAUCUCAAGAAAUACAACACAUCAGAUGAGGGCAGAAGAAGACUUAUACCAGCUGUGAUCAACUGCAGAAAAGCUCUUCUUGCUGGCUGUAAUCUCACUGCUCAGCACUGUGAAAUUGUGUCAUCAGCUUUACAAUCCUCAAACUUUGCCCUGAGAGAGCUGGACCUGAGUAACAACGACCUGCAGGAUUCAGGAGUGAAGCUACUCUCUGAUGGACUGAAUAGUUCAAACUGUCAGCUAGUGAUACUGAGGUUGUCUGGCUGUAUGGUGACAGAGGAAGGCUGUCAGUAUUUGUCUUCAGCUCUAAGUUCAAACCCCUCACACCUGAGAGAGCUGGAUCUGAGCUACAAUCACCCAGGACAAGCAGGAGUCCAGCUGCUUUCUGACAAACUGAAGGAUUCAAACUGCUCACUAAAGAUACUCAAGUAUGUCGGUAUACAGCUGUUUUUGUCUGUCUUCUUGUGUUCAGAUUUCUGUGAUCUCACACUGGAUCCAAACACAGCAAACACUCAACUCAUUCUGUCUGAGAACGGAGAGGUGAAAUAUGUGGAUCAGCAGCAGCCGUAUCCUGAUCAUCCAGAGAGAUUUAAAGAUAUUCCUCAGGUUCUGUGUCGAGAGAGUCUGACUGGACGCCAUUACUGGGAGGUUGAGCGGACUGGCUGGGCUCGUAUAGCAGUGUCCUACAAAACAAUCAGCAGGAAAGAAGCGACUGUUGGUAAGUUUGGAUACAAUAACAAGUCCUGGUGUCUUUUCUGCACUAUUGAUGGAUUUGUUGUCUGGCACAACAAUCUGAACAACAACAUUCCUGCUCCUUCCCCCUCCUCUAAAAGAGCAGGAGUGUAUCUGGACGUGUCGGCCGGCACUCUGUCCUUCUACAGCAUCUCUGACACACACACACUCACACACUUACACACAUUCAACACCACAUUCACUGAACCCCUCUAUGCUGGGUUUAAGGUUUUUGAUUCCUCACUGUCACUUGUUUAA